UCCAGACUCCUUACCUUGAUCUUUCAUAGAGGCAAACUGAGGACAAGCAGAGACAGAACGGCAAGCAGAGGACAACGGCAAGCAAUAAGGGGAAGUGUCACACUUUAUACCGGAUAACGUUUCUGCAUUGUGUAUGUGUAUUAUACAAGUUCAACUGUACCAGCCAGGAAUUGUUUGACGGUCUAGGCUGUAAGAGGUGAAUAGCCAUGCGCUCCCGUAGCAACAGUCUGGAGAAUGUUGCAGAAGAGAAGCCAUUGCAGAUGCGAGUUCGGUCACAGCGACAGACUGAACAUGAGGCGCCAUCAUGCAAAAAACGGCACACGAGCCGAGGAUGUAACAGCAAACCCCCAGAUGAUCCAGGCUCAGUACAGUGCAACAAUAAGAGCAGCAACAGUGGGCACAGCGGACACACAGACAGGACAACAGUGUCCAGCAAAGGAAAAGACCUCUCUCGUGAUGACCUCCUCUUCCUGCUCAGCAUGCUGGAAGGAGAGCUGCAGGCAAGAGAUGAGGUGAUCACAGUGCUGAAGGCAGAUAAGAUAAACCUGGCUCUCCUGGAGGCACAGUAUGGCUUUGUCACCCCCGAGAAAGUGCUUCAGGCCUUACAGAGAGAUGCCAUACAGGGAAAGGGAUGUGGCUGGCAGGACGACAUUUAUGAGAAGCCGAUGGCAGAGCUGGACAAGUUGGUGGAGAAGCAGAGAGAGACAUACAGACGCAUGCUGGAACAGCUACUGCUGGUAGAACAGGCACACAAACAGACUCUCCACAGGCUGGAAGAUGAGAAGCGCAAUCACAGCGAGUUCGUGAGCAAAAGCGAUGAGUUCACUAAUCUGCUGGAGCAGGAGCGAGAAAGAUUGAAAUUGCUCAUUGAUCAGGAAAAGGCCUGCCAAGAGCGACGAGAGGAAGAGAAUAAUCAUAAAGUCAGCAGUCUUAAGGACGAGCUGACUAAACUGAAGUCCUUUGCCCUACUGGUCGUGGAUGAACAACAGCGCCUCACAGAGCAGCUGGCUCAGCAGACAGCUAAGGUCCAAGAGCUGCAGACUAUUGUGACACAGACCCAAGAGGAGCUAAACUCUGCUCAGACCUGGGCACAAGAGGAGGAGAGCAAAGUCCUACGCUUGGAGACUGAACUGCAUGAUCAGGCCAGCCAGUUCCAUCAGGAGCAGGAAGCCAUGACAGCCAAGCUGACCAUUGAAGAUGGCCAAAACCGACAGCUGCGUCAGAGACUUUCCACACUAAGUCGUCAGUUGGAUGAGCUUGAAGAAACAAACAAGACCCUCCGCAGGGCAGAGGAGGAACUGCAGGAACUGAGGGACAAAAUUGGUCGUGGAGAGUGUGGCAACUCCAGCCUUGUGUCAGAAGUGGAGGAGCUGAGGAAAAGAGUUCUAGAAAUGGAAGGGAAAGAUGAAGAAUUAAUUAAGAUGGAAGACUUGUGCAGAGACCUCAACAGAAAGCUAGAAAAGGAGUCCAACCAGAGCCGUAGUCUAAAAGUAGAAGUGGACAAGCUGAACCACAGAAUUAUGGAGCUUGAGAAAUUAGAAGAUGCCUUUGGAAAGAGCAACCAGGAAUGCAGCUCUCUCAAAUGUAACCUUGAGAAGGAAAGGACAAUAACUAAACAUAUGUGCAAUGAACUAGAUCUGCUAAGGGUUAGAAUCAAGGAGCUUGAAGCUGCUGAAGGUCAGUUGGAGAAAACUGAGAUGACACUGAAAGAAGAUCUCACAAAACUGAAAACACUGACAGUAAUGCUUGUGGAUGAAAGGAAGUCCAUGGCAGAGAAACUAAAACAGAUGGAAGUCAAGGUGCAAAACAGCACUGGCAGACUUCAAGCAGAACAGGAUAAAGUCACAUCAGUGACUGAAAAGCUGAUUGAAGAAAGUAAAAAAGCCUUGAGGUCCAAAGCAGAGCUGGAAGAAAAGAUGUGUAUUGCCACCAAGGAAAGGGAUGAGCUCAGGACCAAACUGAAAGCUGAGGAAGAGAAAAACAAUGACCUCCAAUCCAAAGUCAGCAUGAUGAAGAAAAGACUUCAGUCCCUGGAAGCUGUUGAAAGAGAGUUACUGAGAAACAAAGCAAAAGAAGAGAGUUUAAAGGGACAGAUUCCAAACUUUUUCCAACAAGAAGACAACAAAGUGAAAGAUUUGACCCAGGAGGUAGAACGGCUUAGGAGAAAGCUUAAAGAGAUGAAGGUGGUUGAAGGUGAUCUGUUGAAGACAGAGGAUGAGUUUGAGUCCUUGGAAAAGAGAUACUCUAAUGAACAAGAACGAGCAAAGGCCCUCAUGGAAGAACUAGAAAUCUCAAGGAAGGAGCUUUCCAAAUACCAGCUAGCUGAGAAAGAAGAAUCCAACCAAGAACACAUUCUUUAUAAGCGGCUGAAAGAGGAGGAGGCCAAGUCUAGUCAUCUGACGAGAGAGGUGGAAGCACUGAAAGAAAAGAUACAUGAAUACAUGGGCACAGAAGAGUUAAUCUGUCGUAUGAAAACAGACCAUGCAACACUUCAGAGAAAACUUACCCAACAAGAAGUUAGAAACAAAGAACUAGCCAGAGAGAUGGAGACCUUAACACGGGAGCUAGAGAGAUACCGUCGUUUCAGUAAAAGUCUUCGGCCAGGCAUGAAUGGGAGACGCUUCUCAGAUUUACACGUCUCCACAAAGGAAGUUCAGACAGACCCAGCAGACAGCCUGCCACCUAAUUACAAGAGUCUUGCUCCCUUGGAACGGGCUGUUGUGAACGGGAAAUUAUAUGAGGAGAGUGAUCCAGAAGAUGAACCCAAUUACAAUGAGAUUAACUUUGCUAAAUGUAGCCCCUCACUUAUAAACGUCAACAACCUGAACAACAAUAUUAGGAAAAUCAGAGGUCCCUUUUUCAAGAGUAGAGAUCAGCCAAUUAAUAACAAGAUGCAAUCAAGACAAAAUGGAACUCAUGCUCCACAAGGGGAUGUAGUCCUCACACAUAGCCCAGGUCAACCUCUCCACAUAAAAGUGACACCUGAUCAUGGCCAUAACACAGCCACUCUUGAGAUCACAAGCCCGACUACUGAAAAUCCCCAGUCUUAUACAAGUACUGCAGUUAUACCAACCAGUGGAGGCCCACCAAAACAACGAAUUACCAUCAUCCAGAAUGCAUCAAUAUCCCCACAGAACAAGACCAAGGGUUCUUCCGCAGAAAGCCCCUGCACACCUGACCAGUCAACAUCACCUUUUACCAUGGCAACUUACUCACGAACCUUGACCUCUGACUCCUCUGGUUCCGAGACUCCAGACAGAGCCAUGUCACCCAUACAGAUAGUGUCUGUUUUAACAGGAACCCCUGAUAGACCACAGGCUGGAGAGGCAGUAGAGGUCACAGCAGGUCACACUGUUUUCCGUGUUACCCCUGAGAGACAAAACAGCUGGCAGCUACAGAGGUCCAACAGCUCCGGCCCAAAUGUCAUCACCACUGAAGACAACAAAAUCCACAUUCACUUAGGCAGCCCCUACAUACAGGCCAUCAACAACACUGCCCCACUCAUUAGUUCUUGCUAUUCUCCUGGGCAAGAGCAAAGGAUUCCAGUAUUAUCCAGUGGUGCUCCAUCCCAGGGUAGCAAUAAAAUGACGAGUAGCAUCAUGAUAAAGCCCACCUCCACCCCAAUCCCACGGCCAUCACAAAUUACCAUACCUCUUGAAGCAUUCCGACGGUCUGGUCCCACCAGAAUCCCCAAACCUAAAUGCAGCAGUACCAUGAAGCGGAUGAGUGCCACAGCUCUGGUAAAGCAGAGUGGAGAAGAGGCCCAGGACCCUCUCAGUACUGACAAACCUGUGUCCAACCACCCAAAUGCAAUGAACCUCACCUCAAAGUCAUAAAUGCACACAGACAUUAUUUCAGCAGGAGAAAAUGAACUUUUGAAUCAGUUUGUCAUUCAUGUUUUUUCCUUGUUGCUAAUUGUGAUAAAAGGUGCAUACAUUUUUUUUUCAGUCACUUCAGUCUUGAUGUAAGUAAAAGAAGAUGGAUAACAAAACCACUCUGGGUCUUUGUUUUAUUAAAAGUGAACCAGUUUGAGACAUGGUCUCACAAUACAACCCUGUACCAAUACCACAGCAGUUGUUUGUCUAAGUAUUACAGUGUAAUUUAACCAACAUAUGAAACACAAACUAGUAAAAUCCAGAACAUUGAUAUGUUACUUAGGAUAACAAACACAGCCAAUAUAAUGGGCUGUCAGAUAGCCUAGUCAAGUAGUUAGUGGGUACAUGUGGAAGUAGCUGUUCAUUGCAUAAUUGAUUCCCUGGAGCCUGAUGUCAUGUGGCAUUAGGAUUGAUGUGCACACAAUUAGAUAUAACUGAAAAAAAAGAAUAAAUAUAAAAAUGCAUUAAUUUAUGUUUCAUUUACUUUGGGAAAAGAUGUUUUAUGCUGUUGUUAAUAAACACUUGAUUUUAUACUUAA